UCAAAAAUGUGUACACCAGAAGCAUGAUACAACAAACCAUGCACCAGAAGAGUUAGUGCAGGUCCUACAAAUAGACAAAUCAGCUGGUUAAAUGUCAAAGAAUUUAGCGGGUUUUCUUGAACGUUUUAAAGAAAAGAAUAAGCACAAUGGCAAGGCCCUACUCACAUGAAGAGGCCAAUGAAAUAAUUCAGUACAUAAUAGAAAAUGAGGCGUACUUUCGUGUGAAAGGUAAUGCACUUUGGAAUGAAUUGGAGGAGAGUGGACGCCUUAACAGAACGUUUUCUUCGAUGAAGGAGCAUUUUAAGAAAACCUUGAUGUACCAGCUGCAUUACCCAAGAUUUAAUUUGGAUGAUAAAACUAUAGCCAAGUUCAAGCAAGGAUUUCAAGAGGGAACACUGGCCCCCAGUAAAAAGAAACAAAAAAAGAAACCGGUGGAACCAGAGGAUGAUUUAGGAGACUUUUAAAACUUUACAAUUUAUAACAACUCUUUUUAAAUAUAUAUUUUUGUAUCUUUUUUUUACUAUAAACCAUUUUUAAUUCGUUUUUUGUCUUUUUUAUUAACAUCA